UUUUCAUUAAGUUAUUCACUCUUUUACUUCUCAUUUUAAUACUUCAAAAGACAAGCAAACAGGAGGAAACGCACUUUUACGUGUGCCUGAUAUCCAUCAAAAGAGGGCGGUCACAUACAGGGCGAGCUAGCUGUAGGCAACUUUAUUUCGCGAUCUGUGCUGGUGGGUUUACGUACGCGCUACAGUGUCGCUGUUGCCCUUUCUCUAUAAUAUAUAAGCAUAGAGCUACAAUUUGGGUUUGUAGCUCUAUGAUAUAAGCAACUCAACGACAUUAUAUGUUUGAACUGAGCAACGUCAUUAUUCCAUGCCCUUUGGGCGAAAUGAUAAGUAAACGACUUGAAUAAGAGAUAAGUCAGCUGGAGACGCCGCUUGUCCUUGUUGCACGGCACCCAGACUCGUAAACACAUAAUUCACGCAAAAUAAUUCGGAGCCACGCUGUUUGGAUCCUGUUUAUUGAACAAAACGUCAGGCCAACUGUAUGCACAUGUAGGCUACAGUACAUACUGCUGGCGAUCAAUGGACUAAAUUUGUCAAAAAUGAUCUGUUGUGCAGCCGGUUGUGGGCACAAGUCAGGUUAUGGGUGUCAUUUCUACAACUUUCCAUCACCAAAUGACGGGCCUGAUUGGAAGAAGUGGUACGAUAUUUGGGUUAUGCGUAUCAACAGGGUGAAUGGAGACGGAACGCAAUGGCGACCCGAAACAUUCCAUACGAAGUUGUGCAGUUGUCAUUUUAGAGCCGAAGAUCAGUGGGAUCCGAAGUCUCGAAAAGGAGGACUGAAGUGUAAAGAACCGGUGUUUUUUGAUGGCCAGCCUACACCAUUGCCACCCACUGCAUCAGCAAGUCACCAACAGUGUGCCGAUGGUACUGCAAGCGCAGAUGCUAUUUCAGAGGAGUUGGGUCUCAAGCGGCCUUGGUUUGUUGCCAGUUCCCCAAACACGUCUACAGAGACCUGUGUGGUAUCAACAUCUAAGAAGAAAACCCUGCAGUCACAUCCGCUUGGAAAGAAGAAAGACAUUUCCUCAUUCAGAUCUCCACGAAUGCCACCUCUGAAGAUCAGAGAAUACUUUGAAAAGCAAGAGGAAGCAACCACCUUCUUGACCUCUGAGACAUCCACGAGUGGACUGAGUACCUCUUCAGAAAUUCCUAGAAAACAGCAAUAUUUCGAUCCAAACGUUAGGUCACUCAGCACAGAACCCAACACAAGUGAUAAUUGUAGACGAUACAAUGCUGGGAAUUGGGAGGCUCCAUAUAAUCCUGAGGUUUGUGAGAUCAUUGAAGUGACAGAUUCUGAUGACAACAGCCAAGGAAUUAGCUCAGAUAGUUCUCCCAUUCACCAAGUGGAUGUAAAACAUGAAAUAGUUGAUGUGUCAGAUGACUUUUUACCUUCAGACACUAUUGCUUCCAUGAAUGCGACUCCGCAUGGACAUCAAACUGCUUCGCCAGAAUGUGUCAAACUUGAGACUGACAGCAGUCACUUGUCUGACAAUGGCCUUCUAGGUUCUGAUAGAGAGAUCAUUCCUCAAAUUGUUGGUGUCAGCAGCUUUGAGAAUGAUAAUGAAAGCCGAGACCAAACCUCUGAUCAACUCUUAACCGAGUUGGCUCAGUUUGUGACAAAAGAACAUCAUUACUAUACUCCAAGAGACAACACCGAAGCUGAUCCCCUCAGGGGUAAAACUCCAAAGGCUAAAAUCUCAAAUGUGAAACCAAUCAGGGUCAUUAGUGUUCAAAGUGUUUUUUCUGAUUCAAAUAGUCACAAGGGUGGAAUUUCCCUGGCAUCUCAGCUCGGAGAACAACCUGUGUCCGGCAGUAAUGAUACUGAAAACUUGUACGGGGAAGUGUUUAAUAAGCUCAGUAAUACUGGCUCUGGAUCCCAUCUUGCCCCAGACACAGUUCAGACAAGUGCUUCUGCGGAUGAUGCAUUGAAUAUUGCUAACCUGCUCUGUGAUCACCCGACAUCUCCACAGAAGACUGACCUGAAAUUGAAUCAGGCCUUGGACAAGAUCAAGGAACUGGAGAAGGUCAUCAGUGUUGAAAGGUUUGGACUGCACCGCUACUCUGGGUCAGAUGAAAAGAUUUUGUUUUACUCGGGUUUCAGGUCUGCUGACAUGCUGAUGAGGUUCUUCUGGCGUAUCGAGCCUGAUGAUUUGGCAUCAGAGAGGUCGAGCAAAUGGCAGAGUGCGCAGAAACUUGCUGCAGAAAUGAUGCAUGUGUGUGGGAGCAGCGGUGACUUCACAAGGAAGGUCAUUCCCUACAUGGAUGAGCUCUUCCUUUUCUUGUGCCAUGUAUGGUUAGACCUCCCCCCAGAAGACCUGGCAGAAAGGUUCACUUUACCUUCCAGCAGUUGUGCCCAGUUUAUCAUACUACAAUGGACUUACUACCUAAAAACCACGCUGCCGAGUACAGCAGAAAGCACAAGGGGCAACUCAGCACCCUCCAAACUUGUCGGGUUCCAGGGCCAGUACAGCAACACAAGACUUCUCCUUCACCGCAUGGAAAUUAGGGUACAGCAGAAGUCUUUGAUGAAUCACUUAAGCUGUCUGAAACUCCAAGGCUUGGUCGGUUUCUCUCCAUCUGGUGAAAUAGUCUUUUCGUCGGACCUUGUGUCAGAUGCCACCUCCAACAGAGACCUCCUGGAAGGUAGCGGUGUCCUGUCUGUGCUGCAGACUGGGGAUGGAGUCAUAGGAGAAGGCGACCUCAUGAUAGAGAGCCUGUUCUCUUUGAUGGGUGUCGCAGCGCACCACCUUCCAGCCUUGGAUUUGCCGCAUGACCCAGCAUCACUGCACGUCGGCUCCUCUGGCUUUGACCCAGACAGAUGCCACGUAGAGGUGGCCCGGCUUCUCUCUGCGAAGUUUGUGGGAAGUCUGACAGGCUUCAAGUGUUUCCAGAGUGUAGUGUUGUUCCCAUUUGCACACAGUGUCACAGACCUGUGGGAGGUGUGUUGUCGACUUGUGAAUUACCAACGAGGGCAUCGGUCAUUGUGAUCAUCUUUCAACUGCUUACCAUCUCUUUUUACAGUAGCUUCUUCACUGGACUUAAAAUCCAGUGGAAAAACCUGAAUCUUGUAAAACGUUGCUCUGGUGAUCCCAAUGGUGUUCUGUUCUGCAUAGCCUCUGGAAAUUGGACUUCCUGGGAUCUUUCAAGGAUCACCAACAGGUUUUCUACAUAAUUAGCCUCUUAUUGUGGAAAAUGGACCACAGUUUGAAUAAGUGCACAUUUGUCAUGCUGUAAAGGUAUAAAAAAUUUCACGCAUAGAUUCUGGGAAUUUGUAUAUCUGGCACAAUUUCUGUUUUAAGUUCAUGAGUAGCUUUGUGGGAAAGUUCUUUGUGUCUCACGCACCAAUUUGCCAUGGUAUUUUGGCAUUGCAAUGUGAUUGUCAAAUUCUGCACAUCAUUUCAUCUGCAUUGGCUGGUGCCCAUUAGCUUCAACCCAGACUUCUAUCUGGUACAAGCGGAUCACUAUGAAGCCAUGAGUCCUUAUAAUGAAGGAUUGUAGGCAACUUGGAGGAAAAGGAUGUGAAUAUGAAUCCACUCACUGCCUGCAUAGCGUUGGUGACUUUUAUUCUCAACAUCAGAAGUUGACAUCAAGUCACGGCGUACUUUGAAAAUUUGGACAUAAUACAUGUAAUAUAGAUAAAUAAUGGAGGAGAAUACUAUAUUGCAUCAGUACCUUCUCUUCGUAGGUGCUUGGCAUGAAUUAUUCUUUGAGUUUCUUUUAACAUCUGUGUACAUACAUGUUUGUGAGAAGAGGACUACAUUAAAAGGGAAAGACAUGACACAGUUCUGGAUGUUUUAAACAGGGCAAGGAAAUUAUACUGGGUACAUGUACUGCAUCCACGUUUGCAGCUGAAGAAUGUGAUACCAGGUUUUUUUUUCACUGCAAUGGAUGAGGAAAGAGUAUGUAAAGCCCAUUUGAAAUUGUAAGGCAUGUCAGCAACAUAACAAACAGAACCAGAGCUGGGUUUAUGACUUCACUUGUGUCAGCUGUCUCUGUUGAUUUCCACAAACCAAGAUGGAAGACGUGUACUCUUAUAAAAAAUGCAGCCCCCGCCUGAAUACUUUAUUAACUCUUACCCGUGUUGGUUGCCUUUGAUGAAAUGUCCACAGAAAAUGUUCCAUUUCAUACAGCUUUUCACUUUCAGUGGUGUGGCUCAGAUGUAUGUUGUUGUAAUUAAAAAUUCAACAAAUACAAAGAAAAACGAAACAAGAACAACAAAAAAUCGAUUAAGAUAGUGUUAUGAACUCUUAUAUAGUUUACAGUGGUGUAAAUCUGUGUUGGCGUGUGGGAUAGGGGAUGACUAGUGGGGGGGGCUGUUCAUCACUGGCAUUGAUAUGUGUUGAUAAUGAUGAUGAUGAAGUACAUGUAAACGGUCAAGAAAGUCAGUUUGAAGCACUUACAUGUAGAUGACUUUACAGUUUUGAUCAGUUUGAUUCAAAACAUUGACUUUCAGGAAACUAUGACCCGAGCUUUACAAUUGCAGAUCAGACCAAUAGACCUGCCCAGUAGUACGCGCAUGCAUUAGACAGCUUGUCCGUGCUACUACUGGAAAACGGUGAUUUCAUUGAAUUGGUAACCACGCAGUCAUCGAAAGGGGGUUAAAUUUGCCGUCAAAAGAAAAACUGACUGAUACUUUUAAUGUAUGUACAAAUUACUUUGCAUAGAUGUUUAAGCAAUCUCUAAUGGGAUACCAUUAGCGUCACUCUUUUUUGGAUGCCCUAUACAUGUAUGUGCAAACAACCAAACAUACCUCGAGUCGUAUUUACUGUGUUGUGUCCAUAUCCGACGGGGGCAUUAUAGGGUAAAUAAUUAUUGUUUUUGUCCAAUUGAUAAAAUCGGGGCAGGUGUGGGAGGAGGGCACAGACUACUGCCUGAGUAGAGAUAAGGGGGUACACCAUUGCCCGUAGACCUCACACUGGAUGGUUGUGUUUGGACGUUUAGUGGAGGACCAUGUUAUGACCAAUUACAUGAGAGGAAGUAUAUGUGAGGACUGCUGAAUAUCUGCCUAAAAUUUUAUCUCCAAACAUUGUCACUGACAACAAAUAAAAUUUGGUUGUUUUUACUUGUGUUAAAAAUUUCCGCGGUAUUAUUGUCAUGUGUAUCAUACUAAAGUUAUGUUGCCCUAAUAUUCGUGUGGUUUCAUAAUAAAACCCGUCGUAUCAUGAGCCGGAUGUAGGAUGACAUGUA